AUGCUUUCUCCCUCUUCCAGACUCAAAUCCAGGUCAGAUCUCAUCAUUUCCAGGGCCGAAUUUGGCCGUGGCCGAGCAGAAGUCCGUCCAUCGCUGCCUCGGGCCGUUUCGUCCCGUAUUCAUGAAAUCCAACCGCUCCAGGCUCCUGUGCUUAGACAGAGUCGGGCUUUCUCGUCACCCCCACCAGCUCCGUCAACAGCGCAACCAACACUUCAGUCUCUGGCUGCUUUGGCCGAUUCACUAACAGUUGGUACUAUCGGCUGUGAUAUGCGGUCAACCAUGACGGAGGUCCCGACCGAGUUGUCGUCCUCCAGAGGUCCACUGAUGCGAAAGACACGCAACGUCAGUCUUCGGCGUUCACUUGUUUCCGAGCGCCAAAACUGGAAGCCAAGCAUGACGAGUUCACCACAAACUCAUAUACCAUCUGAAGCCAAACUCUCCGGCUGUUCAUCCACCUUCACUACUCAUCCUUAUUCAUCCAACACCCAUACCCGUACUCGUUGCAGCCUCCAUUCCGGUACAUCUGCUUUAGACCAUCAAGACACACGGCCUAUUCACUGUCUACACCAUCGCCGACGAGCCUUUCCCCUGAAGCCAUCUGAUUCGUCUCCCUCCGGAAAUCCAAAGACAGACACGCAAUUGGAGGCUCUUGACCAGGCAGCUUCAGCUUGUCUCAUCUGCCCACAAAGCCUGACUGAAAGAGGCUCUUCGAGGCCUCUUCAACUCGGAGCCAGACAACCAGCUUCCCAACGACUUCGCGAGUCUGAACAAGUCAGCAAACCGACGAGGUCCCGAAAACCUGUCUACCCAUCCCAUCUAGUGAGGCCGUCGCAUUCAUCUAAUCCUCGACUAUGCCCGCCAUUGAAGCAGUUCAAAGGCAGGUCAAAUCAGCUCGCCGACAUGCAGGCCUUGCCGACCAACAACAUGUCGGCACUGGAAACUUGGGUCCUAAGGGCGGCUCAGCCAAUCCAGCGCCUUGAUGGCUCUUCAGUCCCUCUUCCUGCCUCGCAUGAUCUCGUAACCCGACGACAGGCUUCACGGGACCACGACCGGAUUCGGUACCCUCGAAGAGCCAUCUGUGCCGAUAGGCUGGAUGACUGUAUUGUUGCCAAGGCAUUCCCAACUCCGUUUUUUCACCAGCUGAGCACAGUCUGCCGCCGCACUGGCAUAUGUCUGUUUAGGUAA